AUGCAGCUCUCAUUCAGCACGUACGUACGGUUUUGGCGAGCAUCCGCGAGAUGGGAUGGGGCGGGUGGCCAAAGGGAAAAUACGAACAAGGCACACAGUAGCCCCACAGCUUCAUGGAUCGAAGCGGUACCGGUAGCAGGCCCGCCCCGAACACGGCUUCUCGCUCUUGGGCUAGAAUCAAGUCUGUCCACCUGUCCACCUGUGCGUGCAAGGGCACAAAGCACGAGGACAUGGCUGAGGAUCGCGGUGAAGGGAACUGAACAUGGACCAACAGGACAGGAAGACGGGGAAUUGAUGGAUGGAUUGCUCCACCCAUUACUAUCUAGAGCGUGUCCAAUAGUAGGUAGGUAUGUAUGA